UUUUUUUUUUUUUUUUUUUUGGUCUGGUGGCUUUGGGAUGAUGCGAUGUAUACCUAUCUACCCAAGGUAUUUUAUCACCAAAAUAGGUGUAGGAAUAUAUUCGUAACUUGAUCAGGUUUAUUAAUCGCCUUAUGUACAUACCUAGGUAGAUAGGUACCAAAUAAGGUAGGUACCUAGGUUUUCACAAUUGACAGGGAAUCCGGCAACCCAUCCGCUUCCAUUUGCACAAUACACAAGAUGUAUAAGUAGGAGGUAGGUACCUAAUGUUAGGUUGCAAUUUUUCAAACAUCCCCAACACAAACCCAUCUGACGCUCCAUAUCCUAACCCACGUUUAACCUUCAUCAUGUCUAAUAAGUCUCGAUUCUGCCCUCUCUGCGACAUCCUAGUCGACGUAUGGUUAAACCCUCACGAUAACCUAACCGUGGCAAAUCCUGACUAUCGCCUUAAUUGGUUGCAAGCAGUUCGAGCCUUGCGAACUAAAAGAGGAUUUGAUGAACCUUUUAUCACGGGCGUUGGAUGGCUCGAUAUCGAGGGAAACGUCAUCUCUCCUCUCAACUAUGACAGUUAUUACUACGACUACGAGCCGCACCAAGAUCUACACCGUGACUUCGCUACACAUCGAGUCGGCUAUCCGCAACGUGAACCUGCUGAAUACUGGUGCUAUGUCAUCCAUGAUGCCUGCUGGGAUCUUCUUAGAGAUCGUGUUAAUCACUACCGCCAGGUAUCUGUUAACGACUUGGCACGCCAUCUCUUUGCUCUACUUAUCAAUACUCCCGUAAGCGUCGAGAGCGAGACUCUAGCUCCUGGUCACGAUUACGGGCACGCCAGUCAAUUCCACCUACGGGAUGGAGAACUAAGCAGCAGUUACUUCACCCGCGUGAAUUCGACCAGUUACUCUUUCAUCACGGGUGAUAUAACCGAAGAGUUCGUACCUGACGAAGAAAGCCUCGACGAUGAAGUCAAAUCUUUCCACGCUUACUUGGCAAACUCAUGCGUGAUUCAUAGGGGAUACUCGGUGUCAGAUCCUUUCCUGCUUCUACCAAGAGAGCUUAUCGUACUUAUCCUUACCCAUCUACCAAGUCGAGAUGUUUGCAACUUAAGACUCGCUUCAAGGCAUACAGCUAGUCUUUCGCCCCCAGAGUUGCUUGAUCAGACGUUCUGGUCUAGUCGGUUCGAUCCAGAUUUUGAAAUGGGGUUUGUCUUUGCUGGUCCUUCCAACCCAAGGCCCCGUGGACCUACAGAUUGGCGCACGUUAUAUCUCAAAGCCAAAGGCGCAUUGAGGUCGGACUUGUUCCAUGGCUUUAGGAACCGGCGUCGUAUUUAUCAUAUAUUUCAACAUAUCACAGACUCCUUAUACGUGCGUCUACAAAAUGAUUCCGGCCUAGACGAGCCCCUAUGCCGUAACCCAGCGCAUUUCCCCCAACAAACGGUGUUCGCGGAGGCGUCUUUCUAUCCUAGCAAUGCAAACAGUACGGAGUCGUUAUCCUUAGGUUGUAGACUUUUUAGGCGUCAAGAUUUCCUUUGGCCUCACCACUCAGGCUCCAUACCCCAACGAUUACGAGCUUCAUUUGUGUAUUCCAAUGGAAAAUCUUAUAUCAGUGGUUUCCGUUUAUUGGGCGCUGAUCCAAGUAGUCUUGUCUAUUGCAAGGCCGGGCUUAUUAAUUUGCGCAAUGAACACGAAAUAUUCCUAGAACCUCACAGUUCCGUAAAGCAUAUUGAGGCAGCAAUGGAGGCGAAGGGUCUGGUCGGACUGCGUCUACAUAUUCAAGGGUCUCAGGGUCCAUACGCUAUUUCAAUAGGGAAUAUGGAACUUCCUGACCCCAGGACCGGAAUAUGCACGCUGAUACCGGGCUGCAGUACGGAAUGCGUUGGCUUCCACCUCGCGUUUGACGCCUGCAAGAUUAUUUCCAUCUCACUCAUAGAGAAACCGGCAGCAAGUACUCAAUCGUAUAUCGAAAAAUUUGACCCGACAGAAAUUUGGAAUCCAUGUAUUCCAAAAUUCUUUCCAGAGUGGCCUUCUAUUCCUUGCUCUCCACGGGGUUUCAACUUGUGUCUGAACAUGAACUUUGGCGGAACUAAUGGGCAGCUACUACGAUCACUGGUCAGAAUUGAUGCGUUAAUGGGGAACUAUCCUUCGGUAUUCGUAGGCAUUUUAUUUUCCUACGUCGAUGGAAGCGAGCGCUUCUAUGGGCGCAAGAGUUUUCGGAACAGUUUGAACGACUUAGGUGACACACCCGCAAUUCGGCAAGGCUUCCCAAUCGACGGGCCAGGCGGUGAAGUUAUGACCAAGAUCGCAGUCAAUUAUUGUUCAGAUGCAAUCUCGGCUAUCACGGUUACUACAGGUUUAGGAAGAGAGAUGCAGUUUCGUCUCUACGGCAAAGAGUAUGUCGAGGGCGCCGAGCAAGACGGCUACGUGUUGCAGGCUAAGCCGGGAAUGUGCUUCACGACAUUCUACGCAAAGGCCCAGUCACCCCUAGGACACUUCCGAAAUUUCUCUGCACGCUGCCAGGUUUUAAAUAAGGACUCGCAACUAUUUCCUGAGAAAGCAGCUGUAACACACUAUGUUCCUAUCACCUCGGAAACAUUGUCUUCAGCUGAAGAUAUGUUGACAUAUUCGGGAGGGUUUGCCAUUACCACCGCAGUCUUAUCGCGCCUUCGAAAAGUCCGCGUUUCCGUAGGGGAUAUGGAGGAGACUGGCUCACCGAGACGUAUAACGGGCCUCUGGCUCGAAUACUAUGAUUGUGCCAUACCAAUCAUCGUAGGGCAAUGGGUAAAUGAGAUUGGGUCGUUUGAAAUCCCUCUAGGAGAUCGAAUAUCAGAAGUGAUAACAUGGCACGAUUACCCAAAUCAGUAUAAGGAAAUAAAGUAUGGAUCGCUUAGGAAGCUUCAAAUUAGAACCGCUCAUGGCAUCGCCAAGGAAUUUGAAGAAGACCAUAGGAACGCAGAAAUAUGCCUGGAGUAUCGGGAGAAUCCAUAUGAGUACCUGAGCAGCAUCGUCUGGGGGUAUAAUCACCAAUGGGACCAUAUCCGUGUCUUCCAUACAUCGAAAACGGACAGACCUAGCUCACGACUACUUAUGGGUUCAGCUGGGUACUUACUCCCUUCAUGGUCAGUCGCGCAAAGGGCGUUUAUGCAGGAUACGUGUGAAGAUGGGUCCCCGAAUCCGGUUGUAGCCAUCCAAGUCACGUACAGGAACGUGACAAAUGAACUAGUUGGCAUCUGCUUUAUUCACGAAGAUGGCAGGUCUGUCACUCUUGGUAUCGGCUUAAAGGAGGCCAAAAUAAUACCCAUUUCUCCUGACGAUAAGCUAGCACGAGUGGAGAUAGGAGGCACCCGACAGAACCAUAUUCUAUAUAUGAAUUUCUUAACAACUUCUGGCCAAAAAAUAGACUUUUCGGUAUUGAGUCUUGAAAAGAUUAAUAGGCGUGUCACUAAGCGAACCGUAUUUAUCCUUGAUCGAUCUUGUCCUGAUCAACUUGGCGUUGCCGGGGCAAAGCUAUGCCAAAUUCCAGAGGGAGCCGGUGUACUCACGGGCUUCUGGACAGUACCUAGGAGGCGUGGAGGUCUCCGUUAUGGUAGGUUCGGGCCAAUUUUCGAAAGUAGUAGCGAAGAUACGUAGCUGGCAGGUUGCGUAUCAAGACCGUGUAUAGGGGUAGAGCUACGUCGCAUCCAGAUGCGCACCUACCUAGUAUUCAGCAAACAGAAUAGAAAAAUUGAGAUUUUCGUCGAUGGCGAAAGAUUUAUCCCA